AUGGCGCAAGCUAGGCAUCCACAGCAGCAACAACAGCAGCCGCCUCCGCCCUUCUCCACACAGCCCUUCUCUCCUCCCGUCUCUUCUCCAUCUCCUCAUGCAACAUCCCCUCUCAACGGUGGCCCAGCACCUCCUCCGUCGAAAAAGCUACGCCUUUCGCCAAUCCCUCCCUCUCAGGCGCAGUCUUCAUAUGCCUCUCCAGGUUUUAGCGCGAUGCAACUUCCUCAAGGUCAGCCCCAGAUGAACGGGGUCGCGAACAGCAUGCCCUCUACACCCAUCGCCCACACAGGCGCGUCUUUUCCACCUGCCGCUCCGGGGACUAUGGGACCGCCCUCUGCACCGGCGAAUCGGCCCGUGGACGCUUCUGAACUCACGGAUGUUCUGGCAUCCUCCGGAAUUGACGUUCGAGAGGAAGAAGCGUUCCUCACAGGCGGCUACACCGGUCGAAAUGCGCAGGCGCAGCCUCCGUCCCGAGGCCCGCAGGUCAUGAAUUCGUCUUUCGCCUCGCAGCAAUCCACAGGGACACUCUCGGCGUCCAGUAGCUUUGGUGACAUCAAACCCGUGAUGCAUCAGUCAUCAUUUUCCUCGCAGCCUGUCUCGCAGGCUCCGCCGCCCUUCAAAGACCCCAACGAGCCCACGCGGGAGGAUUCAGAAGCGGCGAGAAGAUCACAAUUUGAGCUCCAAUCCCCUUUCCUUUGGACCAAAGUUCUGGAACAAAAGAUUCAAAAAAGAGGAUUCGACCUUGGUGUGCGCAUUCCCUCUGAAGGCCUUUUCCAUCCAAUUUCAACUGGGAAACAAACUCCCAUCGAAAUCACAGGCCGGGAUGGAUCAUCGGUUACUCGAACUGGUUGUACAAUCCUUAACCAAGAGGGUGCGCCCCUGGUUGACAUUCUAAACCUGUUAUCACUCUCGUGCGAGGAACGACUCAGGGGAGUAAUUGAUUAUGCGUCAGCUCUCUCCCGCAGCCGGCGAGCACACUCAUCAGGAGUAAUUCCUCAGGAGUGGCAGGAUGUGGCGCAGCCUCUGGCAUCGGUGACUGGGAAUCUCGCAACACCCUCGAAGCGUCCCCAUCCUGAUAGCCAGACCACGAACCUCAAGCCUGUUUCCCAGCGUUAUGUCGGUCUUGUCACCAGAGAAUCCUCGCAGGAAAACCGGCGCGAGGCGAAACGCAACAAGCGUGGCGCGAACGCCAUUUUGGGCGAAAGCGCCGCUGCCCCAGCUCUCGACAGCGCCCCUUCCACGCCCAUGGCUGAACGGGCACCGAGCUUUGACAAGAAGUCGAUGACAAAGAAGGAAGCGAAGAAGCUAGUUGAUUCAAAGGCUAGCGAGGCCCAGCAACAUCAACAGUCUGUGGAGACGGCUCGAAUGGCAACCAACAGCAUGCUCUCGGGCCGCAUGUUUGGGUCCAAAAAGUCUUACUCAUGGUUGAAGCCCGGUGGUUCGUCAAGCGGUUUUUCAUCCCCAUCGCGUCCCAAUCCCCCAUCUACCCCAACAACUGGACCCGAAAAGUCGAGUCGACCUGGCGAACAGACUCCUGCUGCCAACCAGGCAAAACGACUUGGAACAUGGCGCGAGGACCAGGAGAAAGGAGCUGGUAUCCAAGUUCGGGACAUUCUAUUCAUGCUCGAAGCCGAUGGACGAGGAACUAAGCACAUCCAAAAGGGCUACAUGAAAGACCCAAAGGAAGACCGUGACCGCGGGGCUUGA